AUGCAUACCACCCAAACAGAUCUACAGAUGACGCAAUCUCUAUUGGACUUCAGACUAGACGCCCUCCUGGACAAUAAGAACACCUAUCCUCCUAUCCCUCCAUCCUCCCCAUCCCCUCCAUCCCUCCCCAUCCCUCCAUCCCUCCCCAUCUCCCAUCCCCAGCCAUCCAGCCCUCCCAGCCCUCCCCAUCCCUCCCCAUCCCCCCCCAGCCCCUCCCAUCCCUCCAUCCCUCCCCCCCUCCCCAUCCCUCCAGCCCUCCCCAUCCCUCCAGCCCCCCCACUCCCCCUCCCCAUCCCUCCAGCCCUCCCCAUCCUCCAUCCCUCCCCAUCACCAGCCCCUCCCAUCCCUCCCCAUCCCUCCAGCCCUCCCCAGCCCUCCAGCCCUCCCCAUCCCUCCAGCCCUCCCCAUCCCUCCAGCCCUCCCCAUCCCUCCAGCCCUCCCCAUCCUCCAGCCCUCCAGCCCUCCCCCAUCCCUCCAUCCUCCAGCCCUCCCCAUCACUCCAGCCCUCCAGCCCUCCAUCCCUCCCCAUCCCCCAGCCCUCCCAUCAGCCCUCCACCAUCCCCAUCCCUCCCCUCCCCAUCCCCUCCCUCUCCCAUCCCUCCAGCCCUCCAGCCGCUCAGCGAGGAAGAAGCCACUGCUCCAGACUAA